AUGCUCAGUCAACCCAUCUCUGUCAUUGGCCUGGGCCUUCUUUCAUGCAGUCCCGAAGAGCUGGGAGGUGAGAUGAGGCAGGUAUACCCUGAAAGACUUACCUUCUACGCCGUACCCUACUCGGGCUUCUCUGAAUGGUGCUACAACCGAACAUCCUUCCUAGCCGUUGGCAUCCCUCGCGUACAACCCCUUAUGUCUAUAUCGGGCAUUGCAACUUGGUGUGUUCCCAAGAGGCGUGGUACGAUCGACAGCAAGACGAGGGAUUGCGUGACGUUGUGUAAGCGGCUUGAACACUACGUCUGUAGUGCGCUCUGGUUCCCAGGUGCGAGGGAGCGCGAGCGGUUGGCCAUUAGCGGGCCCGGCCGCAAAUUGCGCACCUGCAGGAGAGUGACGCCAGGGCCGUACAACGAGAUUGGGAAUGUGUCCGUCAACGGCCUUGAGAGGCCAGGAGGAUGCGACUCUCAAGCGUCAAGAACCUGUCCAGCCAUGGCUAUGACAGCCCACGAUGGGGUCAUCAGCCAGAGUUUACGAAUCAACGGCAUGGAUAAGCGACAAUUCAGGCCAGCUGUCUUUGGUAUCGGUGUAGUGGGUCACACACUCAUUUUCAACAUCACAGCACAUCCACUUCUCAGGUACGACGGGGUGGGGUUGAGCCAGAAUGAAGUUCACGGCAAAGCCGAAGAGAACGGUCUCGACUCACUAAUAAGCAAACUCAUGCGAUCUGGAAGUGACUACAUGGUCUUUGCUGUCGGGAAGAAGCCGUCCCGAUACUGGCAGGGGCCGAUCUUGUCGAUCACUUUUGGACGGUCACUUCGACUUUGCGGCUCUGAACCGUCAUAA